ACCAAACUGUCUACCUUUUUUCCUACUUCCGUUUGUCUACCCUUGGUCCCUCAUCUCUCGUCUCCUCCCUCUCUCCUCUCCCUCUCCCCCACCCCCACCCCCCGGCAACCAUCAUCACCUGCAUGCCUAACCUCUUCGGCUCCCAAAAUACUCAUGAAAAUGGCCUAUUUCUCCAUUCUUUCUUCUCCUCUCACCUCAUCAACUUCCGUUCACUCUCUCUUCUUUUCCUUUCGCUUUCAAUGCCCACCGAAAAUGCUGCAGAACCUCUUUUUUUCACCAAUUUGUUGAAACCUUCAUAACCACCUUCACAGGGCCGUGUUCCUUCUCAACAAAGACCUCUCUGAAUUCCGUUUUGGUGCUCACUAUUUUCUUUACUUGCAUAAACUGAGAUGCCCAUUGUGUUUUUUGGAUGAUUCUGCUAGUUGAUUUGGUCAAAGCCAUAUCUUGGUGCUGCUUGGUGCACUCCAACUUGGAUAUCAGUUUUCCUGACUUGGUUACUAAUCUGCUUUCAGAUCUUCAAAGCUUAGAUUGCGCUCUUUUCUGGUCAGUUUUAUCCAGCACCUACUUAUUUGGUAGAGUUAUUUGAGUUUGAGCUCAAACUACAGUGUGGGUUCUAGGGUUUUUCAUUUUUCAUAACUGCUAGCCAAUCUCUGUUUUGAUUAGACUUUUAACUCUUUAGACCCUUUUGAGUUAUUGCUAGGGAAGUGAUUUUGAAGACAACCCAGUUAGUUGAUCGGCUUCGACAAUCUGUCUCACUUGUUAGUUAUAUGGAGUAUUUCUUGAUACCUGGUUAGGGUUUCUAGUUUGUCGUUUAAGCUGGACUAUUAUAGUGGCAUCCGAUCAAAUUUGUGACCAUCCACUUUUUGUUGUUUUAGCUGUUUCGCUUUUUGGCUGACAAUUCAUGGGUGUGCUAGGGUUAACCGCUUUAGGACAAUAAUUUAUUGCAAAAUUGUAGCUUAGUUUGAAAAUUGCGCAAUUGUAACUGUUUAGGCAUCCAUUGAGUGGGGUUUUAACCUCUUACCAUUACCAUUGGGCAUCUUUGGUUAUGUAAUUAGGAUUACCAGUGGGUUUCUGGUGUUCUAUAAGCUCCUUUGUGGUCCUUUCUGUCAAGAUGACUGUAAGCAGUCACUGUUUCGUCGAAUGGAAAGAGCAUUUUGUUUCGCAGGAGCGGGGGAAGCGUGUGGUUCACUAUUUCCUGAAGGAUUCUGCUGGGGAAUCUAUUCUUGCUGUUGUGGGCACUGAGAGGAGUGUUAGGCACAUGUUCUAUGUUGUUGCUGAGGAGUUUAUGCAGACUUAUGGUGCAGAAAAUUCUAUUCAUGCUGGUUUCAAAUGGAGGUCAAGGAGGGAGGUUGUGGAUUGGCUUACGUCUAUGUUAUCAAAGCAGCAUCUACAGAGUGAUCGGUCCAAAUCACCAAAACAUGAUUUAGUGCAAACUCUGGAAUCUCCUCAAUAUCCUGUGAAUGCAUUUGGUGCUCAACAGACACAGGGCCGGCUUUCUAGGAACUUGAAUGGACAUAAUUCAGAUAUUGUGUGGUCAGGCGAUGCAUGGACAUGUGGAAAACAGCUCAAACACUACCCAGCUUUCUGUAGAAAUGGGAUUAGAAUAGUGAUCCAGUCCUUUGUUUUUGUCAUGGCAAAAGGUAAGAAUCAUUACGUUGCUUAUUUGGAAGAUAUGUAUGAAGACAAGAGGGGACAGAAGAAAGUCAAAGUGAGGUGGUUUCAUCAUAACCAGGAAGUCAAGGGUGUAGUUCCUCUAAGAAAUGCUCAUCCAAAAGAAGUUUUUAUUACACCUUAUUCGCAGGUCAUUAGUGCAGAAUGUGUUGAUGGCCCUGCUACAGUAUUAACUCGUGAGCAUUAUGAGGAAUACUUGGCUGCUUUUCCUAAUGCUUUAUCAGCUAGAAUACAUUUGUGCUUUAGGCAGUUCAGAAGCAAUAAAGUAAAGCCCUUUGAUUUGAGUAAAUUGCGUGGGUACUUUGAUCAACAAAUUAUCUCUUGUCUGAAUUCCAAACCAUUUCCUGGGCCUGACUCUAUAGGCUUAGGCUAUGGCCUAACGGGUGAACAAGAUGAAGAAUUGAGUCCAGGUGAGAAUGUGAAGUUGGGAGCCAAGAGGACCAGAAGUGGUAGAGGGAGUGAAACAUUUGCGACAGAUCAUUCAGGAGUUGGAAUUUCUGGAAGCCAGAUGAUGACUUCUGAGCCUUCGUAUUUCAACUUAAGAUAUGGUAUGUCAGGCAAGAGAUUGCCUCCCCUCAAGCAUGCUGAGUCUCAGCAUCAAUACAGCCCACUAUUUAAGGUUGAUGAAAAGGUUGAACUGUUGUGCCAAGAUAGUGGUAUUCGAGGCUGCUGGUUUAGGUGUACUGUCUUGCAGGUCUCCCGAAAACAGAUAAAAGUUCAGUAUGAUGAUCUGCGAGAUGAAGAUGAGUAUGGCAAUCUUGAGGAAUGGAUCCUGGCUUUCAAAUUGGCUGUGCUUGAUAAACUUGGUAUGAGGUGCUCAGGCCGUCCAACAAUUCGACCAGCUCCUCCUUUAAAUGAACAAACAGAUCUAGCUUUUGAGGUUGGCUCUGCCGUUGAUGCAUGGUGGAGUGAUGGAUGGUGGGAAGGGGUUGUAACUGGAAUCAGCAGUAGCAAUGAUGAUAUUCUGCAAGUUUACUUUCCUGGUGAGAGUUUCUUCUUGAGCAUACACAAAAAGAAUCUAAGGACUUCCAGAGAUUGGGUGGAUAAUCAAUGGAUUGAUAUUCAGGCAAAACCUGAUAUACUUUCGGCAAUAUCAGUAACAAUUAGCCCAGAUGCCAAAAUGUCCACGUCUUCAACAAUUACCAAGGACAUGAAGCCCAGUGGUUUUGAUUUUUCCUAUACUGAAGUUCAUACUAGUGCUGAGCUUAAUAACAUUGAAGACAAAGAGUCAGACAUAGCUACAUUGGUCAGGACUGGCAGCAUCCUGGAGGAUAUGGACUGUGAUGAUGAUAGGAAGCCUCCAUCAUCUGAUGACAAAGCUGAUGAGGAUGGUGGUAAUGACAUUAAUGUUAGUCAUGAUGAAGUAGAUGGAGUACAAGGCAAUGAUGAAGAUGAGGUUGAUGGUGAUGUUAAAGAGAGUGAUGAAAAAAUAGAUAUAGUGGUGUUUGAGUCAUCUGAGAAGAAUUGUAAGGCUGUGGAAUUCAUGGAAGUGACGGCAUAAGAUGCUUGUAGCCGGCUUGUAUUGCAUUAUAUCAUGAUUGCCAUGGUCCUACUAAUAUUUGUAGGUUUCGGUUGGUGCUCGAGAUGGCUUUGUAAAUAUUAACAUGACAAUUGACGAUCUCCAUCAGUUUGUCGAUCAUAAUCAUAGAUGUACAGGAAUCAUAUUAGAUUUUUAAGGUUCUGUUGUAACUGGUUUUAUGAGAGUUGGGAUUGGCAUUUGAAUUCCUUUGGUUAGAAGCCUAAUUGAGUCAGAUUUCCCAAAGUGGUCCCUCACUUAAUGUGCUUCUUGCUUGUAAUUUGUACCAUGAUAAUAUUAAAGUUACUUAUAUAAUCUGUACUCUGAAUUGCUUGUCCCCAACAGUUAUUCAGUGGUUUGAAUGCUAGGUCUGGGCUUUAAAUU